AUGCUCACCUCCUCCGUUCUUUUGCUGACGUCCCUGGUGGCCGGCGCCUUUGGCGCGGCCCGGACGUCUCCCCCAUCUGGCGCUCUUGUUGUCGGCAAGGGCGCUCAGUACACCACCAUCCAGAAGGCCGUUGACGCCGCCAAGUCCGGCAGUGUCAUUUUCAUCCAGCCCGGUACCUACAACGAGCAGGUCCUUAUCCCGGCCUCCGUUGGUGCUCUGACCAUCUACGGAAGCACUCCGGAUGACAAGGACUACUCAAAGAACACCGUCACUCUCACCAACAGCCUCGGCGCUGACAAGGCCGGCAGCAACGAUGCUUCCGGUACCCUCCGCGCUAAGAACGAUAACCUCAAGGUCUACAACAUCAACAUCGUCAACUCUCGCGGCAAGGGUGUCCAGGCCAUUGCCCUGAGCGCCUACGGAAACCAGCAGGGCUACUACGGCAUCCAGGCCAAGGGCUACCAGGACACCGUCCUCUCCAACCAGGGCAAGCACUACUUCCACGGCUCCUACAUCGAGGGUGCCACCGACUUCAUCUUCGGCCAGAAGGCCAUUGCCUGGUUCGAGUCCUGCACGCUCGCCAUCAGCGGCAAGGGCUACAUCACCGCCUCCGGCCGUGACUCCGCAAGCAACCCGUCCUGGUACGUCAUCAACAAGGCCACCGUCAAGGCCUUGUCUGGCGUUGGUGAUGGCCAGACCUUCCUCGGCCGCCCCUGGCGCACUUUCGCCCGCGUCGUCUUCCAGAACAGCAACCUCGGCUCCGUUGUCAACUCUGCUGGAUGGUCCAAGUGGGGUUCCAACCCGACCGACAACGUCGAGUACAGCGAAUACGCCAACACCGGCAAGGGAGCUAGCGGCACUCGUGCUAGCUUCUCCAAGAAGCUGAGUGCUGCUGUCAAGAUCGGUGAUGUCCUUGGCUCAACUUCGUGGAUUGACUCCGCUUACACCAGCGGCGCCAAGGCUGCUGUCGCUGUCUCUGCUGAGGUGUCUGCUCCUGCCGUCGCCGCUGAUGCCGUGGCCAAGGCUGCUCCUACCACACUCUCUACCGUUCUCAAGGCUGCUGCUACACCUGCUGCUGUUGCUGCCGCCGCCGAUGACUGCAGCGGUACCCCUGAUGGCUUUGCUUCCCUGAACGGAGGUACCACUGGUGGCAAGGGUGGAGAGGUUGUGGUUGUCAAGACCCAGGCCGACCUCGAGAAGUACGCCGGCGCCUCUGGCAAGGUCGUCAUCAAGGUUUCUGGAAAGAUCACUAUCACUCCCAAGGGCAAGGAGGUCAAGGUUUCUUCUGACAAGACUAUCGUCGGUAUUGGUGCCACUGCCGAGAUCGACCAGGGUGGCUUCAACGUUCAGAACCAGAAGAACAUCAUCUUCCGCAACAUCAAGAUCGGUAACACUUACGUUGAGGGUGAUGAUGAGGGCAAGACCCAGGACUUCGACGGUAUCCAGAUGGACAACUGCACCAACAUCUGGAUCGACCACGUCCACCUGGAGAAGGGCGGUGACGGUCUCAUCGACAGCCGCAAGGACACCACUUUCUUGACCGUCUCCUGGACCAUCCUCCGCAACCACAACAAGGCCUUCGGUAUUGGCUGGACCGACAACGUCAGCACCCAAAUCACGAUCCACCACAACUUCUUCGACCAGACUAAGCAGCGCAACCCGUCUGUCGACAACGUCAAGAACGCUCAUCUCUACAACAACUACCUGGUCGGUCAGACCUCGUACGGACACUACGCCCGCGGAAAGACCGAGAUGCGAAUGGAGAACUGCUACUUCGAGAAGGUCAAGAACCCCAUCCAGGCCGACAGCACCGCCAAGCUCAGCGCCACCGGCAACGUCUUCAAGAGCACCACCGGCACCACCGCUAAGAACGCCGGCACCGUCUUCGACCCCAAGAAGUUCUACGACUACAAGGUCGACGCUGCCAACGACGUUCCCAGCAUCGUUUCCAAGGGUGCUGGCCGCCAGGCCAGCAUCUGCGCUGCCUAA